CGUGUGUGUGUGAGAGAGAGAGAGAGAGGAACCUCCAAAAAACCAAAAUCCCUCUUAUUUCUCUCCAUGUCAACCUUUGUCUCCGCCGCCAACCUGGGCGGCGUCGCCGAUCCUCGCCUCGGGGGGGAGGCCGACGCCAUUGGCACCAGCGACGAGCACCGCGCCGAUAUUGCGCAUGAGAUCGAACCUCCCAUCCUCGAGGGCCACGGCGCCAUCUACAAUGACCGCAGUAUCACCUUCGAGAACUAUCACUACUGGGCCACCCGCUCGCGAGAGAUCGAAAAGCACAUCCGCACCGACAACCAGGGCUUCUCGCAGAUCUGGAGCAUGAUCGUCGGCAAGAAGAUCGAACCGGAGCCCCCCGUCCUCGAUGCCUCCCUGCCGCCCCUCGACCAGGAGAACCCCGUUGCCGAGAAGAUCACCGAGAAGGCUCCCGGUCAGGAUACUUCCAAGGGCAGCGACGGUGUCGAUCGCUGGGGGAUCACCGAGACCGAAUGGGAGCGUGCCCAGCGUGCCACCCGGACGGCCACUUGGGGUUCUAUCUUCUACCUGAUUACUACCGAUAUUCUCGGUCCUACCAACGUGCCUUGGGCUAUCAGCCAAAUGGGUUAUGGACCUGGUUUUGCCCUGUACACCGUUUUUGGGGGUCUGGCUUGCUACUCCGGAAUGCAGCUCUGGAAGAUCUUCGUCGGACUGGAUUCCACCCGCUUCCCCAUGCGCAACUACGGUGAUGUCGCCUUCCGUGUCUUCGGCAACUGGGCCCGCCAGGGCGUCAACGUCCUGCAGAGCUUCCAGUUCUUCUUGAACAUCGCCCUCAUCGUCGAGAGCAGCGGGCAGUCUCUGGCCCAAAUGGCUGAGGGGGCCAGCGGCACUGGCUCUUUGUGCUUCGUCCUCGCCGAGUUCAUCUUCUUGGUUAUCGGUGCCUGUCUCGGUCAGAUCCGUACCCUGCAGCGUCUGUCCUGGCUGUCCAACAUUGCCAUCUGGCUGAACGUCAUUGUCGUGAUCAUGACUAUGAUUGUUGUUCAAUACUACCCCCCCAACUACGCGGCGGCGGAGAUCGAAAACGGGGUGAGCUACGGGCCGAUCGAGACGAGCGCCAACUGGCCCUCGAACUCGACCUUCUCCAGCCGGAUCAGCGGGAUCAUGAACUGCAUCUUCGCGUACGGUGGCGCGACCCUGUUCAACGAGCUGAUGGCCGAGAUGCGCCGCCCCUACGACUUCUGGAAGGGCUUCAUCUGCGCCGAGGUCUUCAUCUACAUCUGCUACCUGGUCUCCGGCAUGGUCGUGUACAGUGCCCAGGGCCAAUUCACCUACAGCCCUUCCUACCAGGGCAUUCCCGACUCGGCCUACAACUGGCAAACCCUGGGUAACGCCCUCUCCUUCAUCACGGGCGCCAUCGCCGGUAUCCUGUACGGCAACAUCGGCAUCAAGGUGUUUUACUCGGCUGUCCUACGUGAUAUCUUCAACUUUCCUGCUUUGGAUAAGAAGAAGGGCAAGAUUGUCUGGGUUUGCAUUGUUCCCGUCUACUGGUCGCUGGCCUUUGUCGUCGCCGCCGCCAUCCCCCAGAUCGUCAACCUGACGACCUUUGUGGGCGCCCUCUGUAUCCAGCAGUUCUCCUACACCUUCCCCCCCCUCCUUCUAGUCGGAUACAACGUCCAGAAGGACGCCAUCCUGCCCGAGGAGGAAUUCGACCCGCGCACCGGCCAGGCCAAUCGCGUGGAUCACGGCUUCAAGCGCUGGAUCCGUGGCUUCAAGAAGCAGUUAGCCUGGAACACCUUUGACCUGCUGUACUCGCUUGCUGCCCUUGCCACGGCCGGUCUGGGUCUGUGGGCCGCAAUCGUUGACAUGAGAGCGGACUUUGCCGAGACCCCUUUGACGCCUUUUACCUGCACUUCUCCUACUGGCUAAUCUACAUCUAUAUAUAUGUCUAUAUAUAUAUCUAUAUAUCUAUAUCCAUUUCUUAGAACGAUUAUGCAAUGUUAG